CACGGACGUCAUUCGUUCAGUUCAGACGUGAAGAGAAAUUCUACUGCUCAGCUGUGGGAGCUCUAUGAAAACGUGUUCCGCAUUUGCGCCACUAUCAUCAUUGCAGCCGACGACGACAGUGGUCGUCGUCGUCGUCGUCACCAUCAUCAUUAUCAUCGUCAUUAUCAUCAUCAUCAUCAUCAUCAUCAUCAUCAUCAUCAUUGUUGUCGUCAUGACGUUACAUUACAACGCGGCCGCACCCGUUGACAUCGUUUUCCGCCUUGCGAUUUUUUCAAAUUCAAUUUUACGAGAAGGAGGAUAUGUAAUAAUAUUCUACGAAAAAAAUUGACGUGUCACAUAUAUACCUGUUCGUGAAGAUCCCUAUCAGAGAGGGCGAGAGAGAGAGAGAGAGAGAAAAAGAGAAAGAGAUAGUGUGUGUAUGUGCGCUAGUAAGUGCGCGUAUGUGAUGCGUGUGCACGCGUGACACGUACGACUUUGUUGGUAUAGUCACGUUUAGAGUAUAUGGUGCGCGCCGUGGCGCAACAACGAGGUUGCUCUUUAAACGGGAAUGCAUCCAUCCGUUUUUUGUUGCCCGCUGACGUUCGUCGGGUGAAGUGAAUGCGUGCGCGCACACGGCCAGAGCUUCGUCACGAUCAAUCAAUUUAUUAGAGGAAGGUACAUCAUCAUUCCUACCAAUUCUAGGCUUUUGUUGUGAUUUGGAGUAUUCUAUAUUUCUGGGCAAGACCUAGCUUCGUCAACAACGCCAGCGAUAAUUCAUUAGUCAGGAAUGGCGAUGCAAAAGAUGAGAAGACAGGGCCAAGACGUUAUGCAGGUGAAUUUAGCAGGUAUAAGGCGAGAUAUAAUGAAUCUUGCCCACAAUUACAGCAACGCUCAGAAAGCUGUACGAAAAGCAACCAGCAAUGAUCCUUGGGGUCCAAGUAGUACACUUAUGGCGGAGAUUGCCGAUUUAACGUACAACGUAGUAGCAUUCACGGAAAUUAUGCAAAUGCUAUGGAAGAGAUUAAACGAUCAUGGAAAAAAUUGGCGACACGUGUAUAAAGCCCUAGUUCUUUUAGAAUAUCUUAUUAAGACAGGAUCUGAAAAAGUAGCGCAACAAUGCAAAGAAAAUAUUUUCGCCAUUCAAACCUUGAAAGACUUUCAAUACAUGGACGGGCAUAAGGAUCAAGGAAUCAAUGUGCGAGAAAAAGCAAAACAAUUAGUGGCCUUAUUAAAAGAUGACGAAAGAUUGAGAAAUGAGCGUGCUAGAGCUUUGAAAGCGAAAGAGAGGUUUGCACAAUCGGUUAGUGCUUUUGGAAGUGACGGUUUGGACACCAUGUCACCUGUUAGCAAUGACUUUCAGGAUUGGGAACCUUGUCACUUAUCCGAACCAACGUCCAGGCGUGCGACGGAACUGGAAGCCGCAAGACCGCAAACAGUGGGUGAGGAGGAAUUACAAUUGCAGCUGGCUUUGGCUAUGUCGAGGGAAGAAGCGGAACAAGAGGAACAAAGAAGACGCAGCGAUGAUGUUAGAUUGCAGUUAGCCCUUAGUCAAAGUCAACAAGAUUUCAAAACUCCGCAACUCGAGAAGCAAAGUCACGUGCUCGAUUUACUGGACGUAACUCUGGGAGAAGCGAGUGGCUCUUCUGUACAGACCGAUCCCUGGGGUAUUCCGAUAAUAACGGCACCGCCACCCAGACCGCAGUCUUUGGAUUUAUCUGAAUAUCAUAAGUGUAAGCCGCAGAACGAUCCAUGGAGUGUUCCAACAACGAGUAGUGCAUCACCCGUAAUAGACCCGUGGACGCCUGUUCCUCCACAACGACCAAGAUCUUCAGCAGCCACUAUCGAUCCAUGGCGUGCACCUGCUCCAUCUCCUGCUACAGUGGUGUCUCCUCGUACAACAGACCCUUGGUCACCGGUUCCGAACACCGCUGAAUCGGAGGCAAACAAGCUGCAGGUGGUCCAAGAUGGCAUAACAUCUCCAUCACCAGCCUUCAAUAAUUCAACGUUGACGCAAAACAUCGGUUUCGCUGCGCAGUCACCUCAGAAUAUAGGUUUUAACUUGCCAGUAUCUUCGGCCGCCACUAGUUUCAAUACUACUAGCAAUGGAUUCAACGGGACGGGAUCGGGCUUCAAUUUUUCCUCUCCGAACAACAGCAAUACCGCCGCGACGAGUCCACUCAGCGAUUUAGAUGAAUUUGACGUAAUCACCAAUAGAGGAAAACUCGAAGCUAGUCCACAAACAGUAAACAAUGAUGGUACAGCAACGUCCGGAGAUCCUUUUGACCUAGGAGGCAUGGCCGAGAACCUCCCUGCUAACACUGGCGCAGUGAAGAAAACACCUCAGUCUUUCUUAGGAGAGAACUCUGCGCUCGUCAAUCUGGAUAAUCUUGUCAGCACUUCGGCGAUCAAGCCUACAGCUCCUACGCCUGCGGCAAUCAUGUCGUAUUCAGCAAAUCCAUUUGCAACUGUGACGCCACCACCCCGUCCUACAAUCAAUCAGAUUCGACAGGAUCCAUGGACAGCGAAUACAACUUCUACAGCUAAUCCGUUCCUCUCGUAGCCUGGUCAAUAAGCUUCAAUAGUAAUUUACAAGACAUUCGCGGUUCUACAUGUAACCCUGUACGGUAUAUAUUUUAAUUAAUGAUAAAAUGCGAUUUUAAUUGUGGCAAUUACGAGCGAUAGAGAGAGGAGGAGAGGGGGGGAGUAGAGAGAGAAAGAGAGAAACAAAUAUCGAUCGAUUCAAGAUAAAAUAAUCUUAUCAACGGAUAUUUUGCUGAUAGUUGAUAUUGAAGCAUUAUUUUUCGACGAAUUAUAUUGCGACACAUUUAUAGCCGUUGUAUAAGUUUCUUCUUCUUUCGCAUGUACUACUCGCUUCGUAAAAUUUAUUCCAGAUUAAUCACUUGAACAACUAACUAGUAGAAGUGUGACAUACAUGUAAUUAAAUGACGGGUGGUUAAAAGGUACACAUAUACCACAUAUAUACACACACACACACACAAAUCAUGUUUUAACUUUGAAGGCUUACGCGAUCCCAAGGUACGACUAGAUUUUAUACACACUCCCUUCUCUAUAUAGUAUCUAUUUUAUAUGUAUAAAUUGAUUCAGAGAAGUUUGCUCAGUGGUAUCUGAGCUGAGGGAGAAGAUAAAAUAAUGCUGGAGUCGAAAUCAGUUUAUGUGUUUCACAUUUGUACACGCGUUUUCUAUAGCGAAACUAACGAGACCGUGAGACUGUAAUCGUAAUUUGCGAAAAAAAAAAAAAGGCGAAGAAAUCUAUUGUAUCGAACAGGGUUUCGUUCGCGUUAUACGCUUACAAUACGUGUCGAUUAUGGUCCGUAAAAUUCAUGUCGUGGCUUGCUUUUUAACAAUAAGCGAUCGUGUUACGAGCAGCUGCCGUGUUGCAUAAAAGUAUGCGCGAAUUUCUUACAUAGUUGUACAUAAUCGGUCAUUCACAGAUGACAUAUUGCGACCUAUGACACACCAAGGCAUCUUUAAACAGAUAUACAACUGUGAAAGUAGCAUUCACACUGACAACGUCACGAACUAGGGAAAGAUAAUCCAUGUUAUUUUUAAUAAUCUGUGAAUCUCGGUUUUAGUCAACUGCGAGCAUGUUUUUGGCAAAUUUUUGGCGUAACUGAAAAAUCAAACUCUAAAACGGUAGAACCGUUUCUUGUACACGAGAAAAUCAUCGACAUUUAGAUUAAAAUAACAGUGGAUAAUAAACGAUUAUUUUCGAUUCUCAACAUUUGUGUCAACUUUCAAAAUUACUUGCAACGCAAACUGCUUACACGGAUUAUAGCAAGGCUAUACGACAUUCUUGCCUAUUUUCAUGUAUUAUCAUAUGCUCCAAAUUUGCACGACGCGAGAUUACGAAUUAGAAGAUUAUUUUACAUAUGAGGAAAAUGCUGCAAUUGUGUAUCUUGAUUUGUAAUAAGGGAUGUAAAUAUAAUAUAGCAUAUCGUUCCCCACUUGUCAAAUGUUUGUAGUGUUCUUAAUAAUGAAUACAUAGGAAAUUUUUUAAUAAUAUUCGAAAGCUGUACUCAACAUCACAUCACUGUCGUGAUUUGCGUUUGUAGAAAAAUUUGCUGAGCGCGCUGCUCCCUUAAUAAAUACACUCUUUAUAUCCAUUAUCGUCCGCAUGCCGGGUGCUUCAGAUUGCAGGGUGAUAUUUAUUCUGUGACGAUUUACUGUAUAGAUAGAACGCAAUUGAAACGUUCGAAAGAGAAUCAUCGUAUUCUCACGUGAUCUCAGCAUCUUUUUCUUCAAAAUAUCAACGUAUAUAUUUUGCAGUUUUAUACAAAGAAAACUUUUUCACUAUACAGCAUUGACAAAGGGGAACUGUAUUUGCCUAUCUAUCCAAGUAAA